UACUUGGCCAAGAGAUAAAACCAAAAUUUGGCAAAGGUAUUGCCUCAGGCUCUGCCUAACUUUCGAUCUUUUGAUGCCUUUGAGCGAUUUUUUUUAUUUUGGGAAUUUCUUCACCUGUCGAACCUUUCAAUGCGGAGCCAGUUGUUAUUGGCUGUAGACUGUGACUUGCUAUGUUUUUUGAAAGUUUUCAGUUCAGACUGACACCCAAGCACAGUAUCUCGACCAAGCAGACUCCAGCACCCUGUUCAUGACUGAACAUAUAGACAAAAGAAUCAAGCUAGACGAUUCCAUGGCCCAAGACAAUUCAAUAGUCUGUGACGACCAAGACCGACUUGUCGGCCUGACCGACAAACUGCAUAACUUUUUGAAAGGUUAUCAAAGCCUCAAAUGUGAUCCAUGCAAGGUUGUUUCCAUUGUUCGAAAUGCGUCCUGCUGCUUUCGAUGCGCACUGCGAAUGCUAGGUUGCCGAGAAAGUGAUUUAUACGUUUUGACGGAGAAGGAAUUGAUAGAGGCGUUUGUCAGUUUCGAUCCCAGUGUCUCGUAUGAACCAUUGGAAGAGACUUGCGCUGCAUGCGUCGGCGUCUUACAGCAGGCAGAUACCACUCGAGUCAUUGACGCGGUGGUUGAUCGACUUACCACCGAGGAUUACCAGACGAAAAGCUACACUUUUUACGUCACAUUGCCUGUCAGUCUGUUACCGCGCAACCAUGCAUUAGCCCUCCACGUGUACAAUCAAUUGAAGGAGCAAGGAUUGGAUGUCGAAGCAGCUACAGCGGUGCGGAACGAUCAAGUCGACGCCAAGGAGCCAGUUAGAGCUGUUGUUGGUCAGCAGUUAAUGAACAAGAUGGGAAUGCAGCAAAGUACUGAGGCUGGGCUUAAGAUGACUGUGGUCUUCAGUCACCCAGAAACCGUUGGCGAUCAUGUCUUCCUGACAACCGUCAGUAAUCCUGUUGUCAAGUUGUUGAAGCAGCGUAAGAAGGGUCAAGUGUUCUUUACCGGAGACUCAAGAAACACCAUUAUAGAAGGACUCAAGUCUUUAGAUGACAAAGAGGCAAUGAGUGCCAUGCCGGUUCCUCCCAAGCCAGUGGAAACUGCCUUUGAAUUGAAAAUAGAGUUAUUGCAUGAAUCCACUUUGGUUGGCGGUCGAUACAUCAAAUUGUCAAGAGAGUACAGUCAAACGCCUUGGUCCAUUCGGGGACAACGAUUAACAGAGUUUUCAGUGUCAGAGAGUAUUGGUGAGCCACUCAAAAAAUAUUUCAAGUGCGACGAUUACAAAUUUGUUACGGCUGGACGUGAGGAUGCGAAUGUACGAAUGCUUGGCCACGGUCGACCGUUCUAUAUGCAAAUGGUCAAUCCAAGAAUACCAGAAGUACCAGAAGAUUUAUAUUUGAAGAUGGAAGAAGAAAUCAAUCAUUCAAGCAACUCUGAGAGCGUGCUUGUUCGGCACUUGGCACGGAUCCAACCGGGAGAUGUCAAUAUUAUUAAGGAAGGUGAACAGACCAAGCGAAAGACCUACAGUGCUUUGGUAUGGCUCGCAAAGCCUUUUACCGACGAUUUGAUCGAGAAACUGAAUGCUAUUGGUAGUACACAAUUUGAAAUUUCACAAAGGACACCAAUCCGAGUCCUUCAGCGCCGCGCGCACAUGGUUCGACCAAAACAGAUAUAUCAUCUCAGCGUCCAAAAACUGCCUGCCAGGAUUCAAGGGUCAGACGAACAUCAAGAAGCCAAAGGCCACUUUGCCCGUUUGAUUAUGGACACGGAAGCUGGCACGUAUAUCAAGGAAUUCGUCCAUGGCGAUCUCGGCAGAACAAAUCCCAGCUUUGCGUCGCUUACAGGGGCAGCUGCGGACAUUUUAGAUUUGGACGUAUUGGAAGUUGACCUCGUGUGGCCGCCACAUAUAAAGACAUCUAUGUAAAUAAGCUCGUGGCCCUUUACCCUAGUUAUUGACAUCCGGUUUGCUCGUGGCUUUGUCCUUGACCGUAGCCCUUGAACAUCCCCCCACUGUAUUUUUCUCUGAACUAAAAAAAAUUAGAAGAGCAUUGAUGAAGUGACUUUGUGACAUAUCAAGUGUGACAACCAUGCCAUUUCAAAGCAAGUGUGGUGGCGUUUCUAUUUCAGUAAAGUUCAAUUAAACAUCAUUGCCAACGGCCGU